AUGCACGUCACGAACUCACCAACAUCAAGUAUACGAAAUUCUCAUCAUUUAUUUCUUCUGCUUUCGUUUACUUUAAUUUUAAUAACAAAAUUCGUGUUAUCGGAAACAAUUAUUCUCGAUACUACUAAACAUAUUUCACUAACCCAACAAUCUAUUUAUUAUGUGGAUCGGUCGCAGUCAAUUGUGAGUGUAAAUGAUUAUUUGACAGCUUUCGUCUGGAGGAAAAUAUUCCAAACUAAUCAAUUGGACGAUUCACUGGUGAAAUCUACCGAAUCAAUGGUGGAAUUUUUGAAGGAAGAAUCCUCUCGUCUUACUAUUGGUGUAGAAAAAAGACUUUAUUCAGAGUUUCAGAGUUUCGUUUCGUUUCAUAAUUUAAAUCUGAAAGUUCAUUAUUUUACAUUUUCAGGAGAUGCGUGUCGAAAUCCUAAAAACGUUCUCUUGCAAUACGAUGUUUUAUUUUCUACAUUACAAUAUUUCUAUGAUUAUUUGAGGUUAUACAGAGAUUCGGAUAGUUUCGUUCUGAUUAAUCCAUCUGAUUUUAUUCCUCUUCCUCUAGUUCCAUCAAUUUUGAACGUCAUUUCCCAAUCAGAAUUAACCCAAUUAAGUGAUUUGCAAAAUUUGAACCAAUUGAAUGGAUUUUUCACACUCAAUAAUUAUUCCACUAUCAAUUCCACGAAUUCCAAUGAGUUUACAAUACAUUGUUCAUCAUAUAUAGAUAAAGAUAUGAAUAACGUGAUGGCCAGAUUGAAACUGUUUGGAAAUUUGUCAAAUUCUGAUUUGAAUUUCAUUAAUUUUGUGAGUGGAAUUACUUUACAAAAACCACAAUAUUGGAUUUUAGACGAAAUUGUAAAGAAUACAUUGAAAGUUUACAAUAUUUCAAUACCAACACAUAGUAACAACUCAAACGAAACUCUACUGGAAUUAUUGAAUAAUUUUCUACCUUCCACAUGUCAUAAAUGUGUCACGACUCAAUGUGUUGAUUUUGCCUUCGCGAAUGGAGAUUAUUGGCUCAUUCCAUGUUCCAUCAUAGAAAUAGGUUACUUUCUCUGCUUAUUUGCCAGUCAAGCAUUCAGAAAACGAUCACUCACCAGAAGAUUACUCACUCCCUACCUUCCAAUAUUCAUCGUUCCAUUGGAAAUUUGUUUCUCCACCUUUAUGAAUAAUGCAUGUUACUAUUUUCUGAGAUAUUUCUCAAUGAUUGUGGUCUGUUUCAUUGUCAUGAACUAUAGCUUGACAGUUGUACGUUAUUACUAUUUGAGAAAUUUGUACACUUUGAUUACAAAAGCUGAAGGAAUGAAUAGUGAUAAGGUAAUUCAUAGAAUGAGAAAAUUCUCUGAAUGGAAAUAUGGAUUGUUAUUUACAAUGGCAAUUCCUCUUGUGAUUGCUUUGAUAUUUUCGAUACAUGGAGUGACAUUCUUCUUUACUGAUUUGUACGAUGCUGAAUUUACCUAUCUACUUGUGGGAAAUGCAACAAUUGUCUUGUAUUGUGUGUUGGGUUGUUUGUUGGGAUUUGGAGCUAUUGUAUUUGAUAUGAUUGUGAAUAGGAAAAUUAUUAAGGAAAAGGGAUUGAGAAGAUUUCUCCUAUUUGAUGAUCCUUUUCUUGUUAGAAUUGAUUUGCUACUUUUGGUAUUUUUAAUUGUGAAUACCAUUUUAGUAAUUAUAUUUUAUGGAUCUGGAACGAGUGAAUUUUUUAUAGAAAUGAGUCGAUUUUUUAGGUUUUUGGUGUUUGUCUGUUUCAUGUUUAUUUGUGGUGGAACUGUUUUAGUUUCCGAGUUUAUUCAAUUUAUUAGAAAUGCCAAAUAUGGAAAUGAUUCUAAUAUUCAAACAAAUUCUAGUCAGUUUGAUCAAUUGGAAAAUUAUUUGAAAAAUUCAGAAUUUCAAAUUCUUCUAAAAGAAUAUGCUUCUAAAGAAAUGUCUAUUGAAAACUACUUGCUAAAUAUGGAUUUACAAAAAAUAAUUUCAAAAAAGGGAAUUGAUAAAUCUUUAGAAAUUGACGAUUUGAGAGAUUUGGAAUGUAAAUAUAUGAGAAGUCAAUCGAUUUUCGAAGUUAAUAUUCAAUCAACUGUGAGGAGAAAUUUCUACGAAUUACUGAACGAAUGUGAAAAAUCCUUAAAUGACAACAUUUCGAAUAAUUCCAAUAAGAAAACCAAAGUUCGACAAUUGGUUGAGAUUAUUCAUCCCCCAAUCUAUGCUAAUUUAUCAGAUACUUUUCUAAGACUUGCCUCAACGAGAGAAUUUAAAAAUUGGAAAAUUGCUUACACAAUUCAAAGUAAUACCAUUAAUUAG